AUGGCUGAAGACAGUCCUUUGCUAAACAGGGGAGAAACAUCACUAAUGCCUAAGUUCAAUAAACUGAAACUUUUCCUGGCUGUUUUUGUGGCCGUCUUGGGGAACUUCAAUUUUGGCUAUUCCCUGGUCUAUCCGUCCCCCGUCCUACCUGUGCUCCAAAGUCCUGAUGCGGACCCCCGGCUGAGGAUGGACACUUCCCAGGCCGCAAUAUUUGGCUCAGUUUAUAUGCUGGGCGUAGCCGGCGGGGGAUUCCUGGCCAUGCUGCUUAAUGACUUGAUUGGCAGAAAGCUGAGCAUCAUGGUGUCAGCUGUGCCUUCUGCUUUUGGUUACCUGCUGCUGGGAGGGGCUGUGGAAUUAUGGAUGCUCCACCUAGGUCGUUUUCUUACAGGUGUCGCCGGGGGACUGACAGCGGCGUCCAUACCUGUUUACAUAUCAGAGAUCUCCCAUAAAUCACUCAGAGGAGCACUGGGAACUUUCCCUCAGAUCACCGCUGUGUUCGGCGCACUGGCACUCUACGCUUUGGGACUGGUGUUACCAUGGCGGUGGCUUGCAAUGGCAGGAGGCGUGCCAGCAUUUGUGAUGGUAGUACUUUUAGUCUUCAUGCCCUACUCUCCCAGGAGGCUACUCUCUCUGGGCAGAGAGGAGCAGGCUGAGCGCACCCUCCUCUGGCUGAGGGGAGCUGACUAUGAUAUACAGAGCGAGAUUGACGCCAUUAAGCACAGCAUCAGUCUGCAGAGCCGUGCCCCGUGGUCUCAACUGACCAAGCCCAUCUACUACAAACCAAUCCUCAUUUCUGUGGCAAUGCGAUUCCUGCAGCAGCUGUCUGGCAUCACCCCCAUUCUUGUCUACUUGGAGCCCAUCUUUUCUCAGAGCAACACCUCACUGGAGCCCAGGUAUGAUGCCGCAAUUGUGGGAUUGGUUCGCCUCGCUUCUGUCAGCGUUUCGGCAUUUUUGAUGGACAAGGCAGGGCGCAAAGCUUUGCUGUACACCUCCAGCUUUCUGAUGUUCUUGUCCACGCUGACUCUGACCGUGAUUUCCCGCACUGCACCUCACGCACCAGAGCCCGCCCCUACAAACUUUACCGCAAUUACGGAGAACAACUUAAGCUAUGAUGCGGCAUUGAUUGCUCACAACCAAACGCCGGCCAGCUCCAUUCCAAUUAUCAGCGUUGUGGUAUUUAUAUUUGGAUACGCCAUGGGAUGGGGGCCAAUCACUUGGCUGCUUAUGUCGGAGGUGUUGCCUCUGGCUGUCAGAGGCGUGGCUUCGGGCCUGUGCGUGGCCGCCAGCUGGUUGACAGCCUUUGUGCUAACGGUCGUCUUCACUCACCUGGUAGACAGCUAUGGCCUGUACGUGCCGUAUUUUUUUUUCACUGUGGUGAGUGUCGUGUGUUUGCUGUUCACCGCCUUGUGUGUCCCGGAGACCCGGGGCCGAUCGCUGGAGGAAAUUGAGAAUUAUUUCAGGACACGCAGGUUUACAAUUAACAAUGAACAUUAA